AUUUCCAAAGCCAAAAUGACAAAAAAAAAAAAAAAAAAAAAAAAAAGAAAAAGAAAAAGAAAAAAAGAUCACCACUUUUGCCAAUUUUAUAGUUUUAAAAGAACAAAGAUGCUGGCUCAUCGCUCCUGAAAGAUCUAGCAGUACAAUAUUCUGCAGGUUUAACACUUGGAGGCCCAUAAAAGCUUCUUUUAUUUCUGGUAGAGUUCUAUAGGCAAAAUAAUAUGGUCCCGAACGCAUCUGUUAUCAUUAUUAUUAUUAUUAUUAUUAUUAUUAUUAUUAUAGAAAAAUAAUAAUAUAGACCAGUAGCGGACUUGCAUCCACAAACUUUCCAAAGCCAAUUUGCAAAACGUGUGGAUCUGUUUGCCAAGAUGUUCGCCAAAUUAAGAGGACAACAAGGACAUAGUAAAGUUACCCAGAUUAAGCGGAUCUCAAAUACCACACCGCUCCGACAACUCCAUUUCCGAGAAACCAAACCAACCAUCAGUCAUGUCUCUGACCAUUAAACUGCAACUCACCUCCCACCGCCACAACCUUAAUCAUCUGAACCUGGGAGCAUGUCUUAAGAAUACCAACUUCACAACCACCAAGUUUAGACCCAAACCCAUUUACCAUUCCGACCCAUUAAUUUCCAUUGUCUUCCAUACUCAUAAACCCACAAUGCAUGCUCCAAAACGCUCUGCUCAACCCUCCUCCAUCAAGAGCUCUCUCAUCGAUCCGGACGGUGGUGCUUUAGUGGAUCUUGUGGUGCCGGAGAGUGACCGAGCUGCCAAGACCUUAGAGGCUGAGCAACUGCCUAAAGUGUGGCUAACGAAGAUUGAUAUUGAAUGGGUUCAUGUAAUCAGCGAGGGAUGGGCCAGCCCAUUGAAGGGGUUCAUGAGGGAGGACCAGUACUUGCAGAGCUUGCAUUUCAAUUCCCUCAGAACCAAGGAUGGAUCUGUGGUGAACAUGUCACUGCCCAUUGUGCUGGCCAUUGACGACGAGACUAAAGAGCGAAUUGGGUCGUCAACCAAUGUGGGGUUGGUAGGACCAGAUGGAGAUUUGAUUGGUAUCCUUCGAAGCAUUGAAAUAUAUAAGCAUCACAAAGAAGAAAGAAUAGCUAGAACAUGGGGGACAACUGCACCGGGAUUGCCUUAUGUUGAGGAGGUCAUUACGCCUGCUGGAAAUUGGCUCAUUGGUGGAGAUUUGGAAGUGUUAAAGCCUAUCAAAUAUAACGACGGGCUUGAUCACUAUCGUCUCUCUCCUCAACAACUCCGGAAAGAAUUUGAUAGGCGUCAGGCUGAUGCGGUUUUUGCUUUUCAGUUGAGGAAUCCUGUGCAUAAUGGCCAUGCUUUAUUGAUGAAUGAUACACGUAAGCGACUUUUGGAAAUGGGAUACAAAAAUCCAAUCCUAUUGCUUCAUCCUUUGGGAGGUUUCACAAAGGCUGAUGAUGUGCCGUUGGAUGUUCGGAUGGAGCAACAUAGCAAGGUACUAGAAGAUGGAGUUCUUGACCCUGAAACCACAAUCGUGGCGAUAUUUCCUUCGCCUAUGCAUUAUGCAGGUCCAACUGAGGUGCAGUGGCAUGCCAAGGCGCGGAUAAAUGCUGGUGCAAAUUUCUAUAUUGUGGGUCGUGAUCCUGCUGGUAUGGGUCACCCAACAGAGAAGAGGGAUUUAUAUGAUCCUGAUCAUGGGAAAAAGGUCUUAAGCAUGGCUCCUGGCCUUGAGAAGCUAAACAUCUUGCCAUUCAGGGUGGCUGCAUAUGACACCGUACAAAAGAAGAUGGCAUUUUUUGAUCCAUCUCGUGCUAAAGAUUUCCUCUUCAUCUCCGGAACCAAGAUGCGGACUUAUGCUAGGAGCGGUGAGAACCCUCCAGAUGGUUUUAUGUGUCCAGGAGGAUGGAAGGUCCUCGUCCAGUAUUACGAGAGCUUGCAAUCAGAAGAGGCUUCACAGCAGACGGCUGUUUUAUCUACUUAGCUCUAUUAAAAUGAAAACCAGAGUAAGUUUUUUGGCUGCAUAAAAAUUCCAUUAGGAGAAGACUUGCAAUAGAAAUGAUUGAAGCACCCUGCAGAUUUUGCACAAGCCACUUUGUAAUGGAGCUAGUGCAAGAGGAUAUUAAGCUUCUCUCUUUGAAACCAUAUCAUAUCUUUUUGUUUUCUAAUGCUUGUAACAUAUUUGAAUGUUUUUAUUAUUCAUUUUUUCUAAGAUCCGAUUAAUUUUUUAUCCAAUUAAAAUAAUAUAUAUUAGUCCUGGCCCUUUCCGGUGCUACUUCUGACC